AUGAGCAGCAAAAUGCCAUGCGAGCCAGACGGUGACGUAGUGAUGGCCAUCCCCAUCCCCACGCCCACUCAACUCUUCUCUUCUCCCUCUACAGCAGAAUCCAUUCCUUCGCAUCUUCUCUCCGACUUUGCCGAUGGAGAUCUCUCAACUUUCCUUUGUGACGUCGCUACGAUCGAUUCAAAUGAAGCUCUUGACACUCUCUUGACCCCUUUUCUACCGCUUCUUACACGUCUCCAGAGCUCGCGACGUGUGUCUGCUACAUCUCAUACAAUUAUCAAGUCAACGGCUUUGGACACUACACUUCUACGUGUCGAAAAGGCGUCGAAAUGGCGUCAAUACGCUCAAUUUUUUGUCAAUUUGACCCCAUCCAAGCUUCAAUCGGCUGUAAUUUGUGACUCAGGACCUGCAUUCCGUCGUUUUGAGAAUGGAUCAGUAGCUGACAGAGUGAUGAUCGUGCUGUGUGAAUGGCUCCUUGCAGCUCCUGGAAGUUUAGAGUCCAGUGAGCUCUUUUUCAGUGAGAUCUACCAAGAAGAAAUAGCAGUCAUUUUAGUACAGACUUUAGCCAGUUCCAAGCUCCAAACACUGCAGAAAACAAUUGAGAAUCCAAUGAGCAUUCAUUCAGUGGUUUGCAAGGCUCUAGCGGUGCCCAUAGGCCCCGUCCUGCUUUCUAGACUGGCAGUUAACGAUCCUUCUAGUGUUGAGCAACUUUUAACUGCCGUCGUGGCGGUCGUAGUAGAGACGACCACAGAGAAUAAGAACAUGGUGCAGCAAGAGAAGGAGGCAGUCAAUACAAGGACCUUGGUGCUGGAGAAUGCACGUCAAACUUGUGUGAAACUGGCUAAACUGACGCCGCUAUAUGCGGCCAGACUAAGAGAAAAACUUAGUCAGCAGAUUACGUCGCUGCAUUGUGCAGCGAUGACUUUUGAGUUAUUGACGACGUGUACAAGUCGAGAAGAUGGGACUGUGUUCAUGUACCAGUGGCUAAAAAGACACGGUGCACCAGGGUCGGCUUUGCGGACCUAUGUGCAGCUUGCAAGUCGAGAGGCUGCUGUAGGAAAGAGUGAGUUUCAGCACAAUGCAGCUGCCAAUGUGAAGAAAAUUUGUAGUGGAGUCUUGGAUACACUCGAUGGCAGUAACUCAAGCGUGUCGCCGUAUGAAAUGACGGCAGCGCUGGGCGUGUGUGUGGGACUUCAUGUGCUCGGCAGUUUCAUGCUAAAUGAAUCGGAGCGGAUUCGAAUUUUGCAGAGCCUUGACAAGCUUGCAACUUCGUCGUCUUCUUCGCGCGCAAUAAGCCUCGCAUUUGUCGUGGUAGUGCUGCUGUGGUAUCCUCUCACUUCAGCGUUGAGUAAGGCACCAGGUCAGCGCGACGAGCACAUUAAGAACGCUGUUACUCUAUCGCAGCAAGUGCUAGUUUCACUGUUUCAUGCUCAAGAAGCUGGCACAGGACCGCUUUUUGUAGUGUCGGCGGUACUGUUCUACACAAAGGUACCUGCCCUUGUGCCUUUUCUCGCGUCGGUGAUCGGAUUUGACACAGAUACGUGCACCGCUUCCUCGACUUUGACAGCAGGAAGUGGCAUUCAGGUGCAGCAAACACUGCGAGCGGAGUAUCUCCAUGUGUUUGGUGAUGUAGUGCUGAAGCCGGUUUUAACUGAAAGCUUGCUAGCCCGCGAGGUGCUGACGUUCCCGCCAGUGGUCCGUGUCUCUGCGUUAGAUGCAGCUUCGUCCAGCGAGUUGACACUUUCUGGAUUUCACGGACUGCUGUGCGAGAAGUCAUUUUUACGGCAUCAUCACGCACAUCGGCUCGAAAAUUGGUUGGCUACUCAGAUCGACGAGCAGGCAGCGUUGCCUGUUCACCCCCUUCUCGUCAGCCUUUUGCUUGAAUGGGUCGAAAACUAUGUUAUGGCAUUCGAGUACCCUAUCUCCCAAACUCCUCGUCGGCUUCAGCUUUCGAUUAUCCCGCUACGGACUACCACUCUGACAAAAUGGCUUGCGUCUCCGCUCCUAACACGUGCCUUCGAAUGCAGUGGUGGACAAGAGCAUGAACUAGUGUGGGCACGCGGAGUAUUGGGACUCACUUACGCGCUACAGUUCAACCAGCGACUACGCUACGCGACGAUGGUGGCUGGCAGCAAACUGAGCAGUCUGGUCUCCACUUCGUCGGUGUCUUCUGUUUCCUCGAUAUCAGCUCCAUUGGGACUGGGAGCUGAUUUAUGCGUUAAUUAUGACCUAAGUGCGUUCCCGUUGCGUAACAUUGCAACCCAGGUCCUUGCACACGGAGACAAGGGUGGCAUCUUCGAGUACGUCGCUCCUACGCUUCAGAAGCUCAUGCUGGAGGAACAUCCGCAGCUAUUUGACGCUCUCAUGGCGUCAGUACCACCGUGUUCGACGUUGCAGUUAUUGCCACUCGCGAGUAGUCCUCUCGAUUCUGCGGAACGCGAUCUGAGAAAUAGCUGGUUUCGUCGCCGCCGUAAAUGUGGCGACGUGCUGGGUGUUCGCGUUGUUCAGUCCCCAGUUUCGUGGACAGCAGCUCAUACGCUUAUGAUUGAGCUACAGUCGGCGCCUAUUGACGUGGUGAUGCGCGAGCUACUCGUGCUGGUAGACGGUUUCUUACCGUUCGUUGUUGUGUCGUCGCAAGCAUCAUCAUCAUUAUGUCGACAAGCAGCAGCAUUCUGCUCACAACUUGCUGCACUUUACGAGACACGUGCUCGUCGUGAACAAGGAGCAAGUAUACAUCUAGUGAUGCGAUUGGUGCAUUCGCUGUGUUUCCCGGAUGCCCUUUGGCGUCAUCAACAGGUACCGACGCACCAAGGAGAGGCAUUUCAACUGCUGACAUAUAAGCAAAUUCUGGAGGAACCGUUCCGUCUUGUGGAAGAUGCUCACGAUGGUGUAUUCCGUCAACCAGCGUUGUUGCGAAUUCUCCAUGGGCUCGUUCGUGACGUACGUGCCGCAGCUAAUGCUUACGUAUUCAAGCGCGACCCAAGCUUAGUGCCAGUUGAAGGAAUGACUGGUACUACAUCUACCACAGCCAGCGUUCAGCAGCAUCAGCUCCUUCAGGACUGCUUAUUGGUACACUGUUUUCUAAAGCGGCUUCUUGCGCUCAGCUCAGAGUCAAGCGACGAAGUAGUAGCCGAAGAGAGGUGCGCUCUACUAUGCACAAUCGUGAACGAGCUGUUGGCUGCAGAUGGUGAGGUGUCGUCUCCCCCGCGAUUGCUGCUGGCUAUUCACACACAGGGAUAUGACGCUACACUGGUUUCGACAUUGGUUGCCAAUGUGCCAGCUAUGAAGCAGCUGUGGGAUUAUUGGAUGGCAUCAACUGUUUCCUCCUCAGGUUCUUCCUUGCGCUCAACUGCACCAGCAACGAAGCCGCUGAUGGAAUUCGUAGCAGAUGGAUCGGAAAGGGAUCUGGCUAAAUGGCGUUUCCGGCUACGUGUCGUUCUCUCAUUGUGUGCUGCGCAUCUUUCCGACAAUCAACAGAGUACUGCGAUGCAACAGGUGCUUCGUGUAGUGUGGAACAAGCUGCGCAAUGGUGUUGGAAACUCAGGCGAGAGUUGUGCCGGAUACGUGAACUUCUUGGGCGAAGUGCUGCCCUGGAUUGUGGACGCAUGCUCACAGAACGCCGACCUCAGCGCAGAACUCGUGCAUUUCUUGCUCAAAUUACAGAGACAGCAGCAAAGUGGAUUGAGCUGCAACAAGGGAAGGGAUGGCGGCCGGCUGGUAGCAUCAGAUACGGAAGGAAGGCCUCAAGAGCAUCGGCGAUUGCUAGAGCAUGUUGUGAACGACACUUAUGCCUCUUUGCUUCAGCAGAUGUAA